AUGUCAGCCGCUCUAUCCAAGUUGCCUUCCGGCGCAGAAGAGAUCCGGAAAACCAUCCACCGCAACCUACUACGAGCGGCUCAGUUAACGGUGGUGCCCAUACAAUCCAUUGGACACUCCGAUGUGGAGCAGCGGCGCUACCAGCAGCAGGGACCGCUUUUGGCGAAGUUGUUACUCCUGGUUACGCGCCACCCUUCCGAAGACACCAAGUCUCAUAGGCAUGUUCUCCUAUGCGGUGUGGUGGCUAUUUGGCGCACAUUGUUUGCUCAGAGCGACUCCAAUGUCCACUCCUCUCCGGAAGCUUUCCGCCGACACUCGCUGGUGGUGGAUGACCUGCUGGAGGUGUCCAUCGCACUUUUUGCCCAGAUUCAAAAUGAGGAGAACUCGGUUCAUCUGUACAUGGUUCUACUGGAAAUAUUGACCCACAGCAACGCUCCGCAACACAAGUCUGCAGUUUUGAAUGCCCUAGCCCAUGUCCCCAAUCAAUCUGUCCUUGUUCGUGUCUACCCGGGGUUGGUCUCCCGGAUCGUAAGGGUACUGCCGCGCAUGCGCGAAUCGGAUUUUAGGCGCGCAAUAACCGUCCUCGAGGUUUGGAUAAAGGCAGCACUGGCGUGCAACUGCGGUGGUAUGCGAUGCGAGAAUGCGAAGGACAGCGUUAAGGAAACAUGGGUACAUAAAACAUCGGAGGCGGUCACCCUGAUCCUCGAUCGUUACCGCGCGGCACAUACCCAGAAAUUGGGUGAUUUGUGUGCCGCGUGUAUGAGCCGCAAUUGCUUGCCCACCGCCUUUCUGACGCGCCUCUUGGACCACGUCUGUAUGAUGCUUAGUAGGGAGGCCUUGUGGGAGGAUGCGGCACGUAUAAUGGCCAGUGCCACGUUAGCCGCUAAAUUGGCGCUAUGUAGGAUUGUUGACGGGUAUUUACGUAAGCAUGCGGACUCGGAGAUGGCACUCAUCGCAUACCAAGGCUACGCGUACGUCGAGAUGCAUGUGCCCGGCAUGGAGCCUUUGGACGAAUACGUCGUCUUAGGCAUGCUAUACGCCGCUGCAAAGCCGCCUAAUGACAAUGAAUGCGUUCCUUUGGAGAGGUCCCACCUCUUGGCGUUGUGUGAUGCCCCGCCAGAUUUUGCGCUUUUUACUGAGCCCAGGGAGGAGGUGUUUUCCCGUGUAGCAGCCCAAUACAUCAGCAGGAUGCCCCCCUCGCUACAAGUGCAGAACAUAUCGGAGAUUGUAGAGUGCUUUGUAGCAGGAGUGGAGAGUGAAAUGAACGCAGCGCAGUUACUGACGUUGCUCCGAGGGUUACUAAGCCACGGUACCACCGCUCUGAGAGAUGUGGCCUGCGAUGUAGUCGAAGUGGUUGUUCUGACAGUUAUUGAACCUGGGAGUUCGACUCAGACGCUGUGUUUGUCCGCCCUCGCCUUGCUUUGCGUAUUGUUUUCGCAAUACCGUUUAUCGGUGCCGCGGCACCAGAUAUGUGACAUCCUGUUCUGGUUACUUCCUUGGUGCGUCGCAGAUUCGGGGGCUAUAUCGCACUACGCACGCAGUCUUCUGCUUCACUUAGGUGUGAAUCACCAUUUUGCGUCAGAAGAAUCGGGGUCGGGUCAUGAGCAGUUAAGCUGGCCCACUUCCAACACGCUCAUUCCGUCGGACAAAAGUGCGGUUUUACAGACCUUACUUCGAUUUUACAAGACUCUUUUGGUCAAUAGGUGCGUCAGAGACCUCAAACUGAGUAAAUUCGGUGGUCAAAGCGUGUCUCACCGUGUUUCCGACGUCCUGUUUGUUCUCUUACACUAUCGUCUUUUGGGCGUGAAGGAUCUUUUCGACUUGGCUUUGCACUUGGAAAGAUCGUGGGUAAUUCCGGAAUCGGCUGUAAAUGCAGAGAUGACGCUUGGUUUUUCAGGCCCCGAUGCGAAUUCCGACCUCACUGCGCUGUACUGCUACGCUUUUAUGGCCCACUACAUCGACAGGCAGUACGAAGUGUUAGACAAUGUUGAGUCAAAUAUGAUUGAACACAUGAAAGGACAGUUUGAGCUGGAAGGGCGCAAUGGCAAAGCAGUGUCUGCUUCGCUGCCGGUGGCACUGAGACCAUCUGAAACAGUUCCAGCAAGUGACCAUUCGCAACCCACGCCUCAUGACCAACAGUGUAUCGGCUCGUGUAUUUUUGGAGACGAACAUAUGACGCUGAAGUCAAGCGAGCACACAGACUCGAAUAAAGUUCAUGUGCGUACAAUUAGGGCUGCUAACCACUGGUCAGGCUCAAGAUUUCCGGAUGGAACAAUGCAAUGGAAAGAUGCGACGCAACGGACCAGCCAAGCUACCUUUAAAGGACAUUUAAUAAAGCCUUCCUCGCUUUCGGAUGAUACUUUUGCUUCACCAACACAGCUGGGUGGUUCGCAACGUUUUCAACACUCACCUUUGAUAGAGGUAAUAGGCGAGGAGCCACAAUCACGGGUGGAAAGCAUCUCUAAGCCUGCGUCAGCUCCAAAAAGCACGGCAAAUGAUCAACUAUUACAAGAGUUACAGCAUUGGCACAAUUCUCCUUUGAAGGGUGAUCACGGUGUCAUCCCCAAAGGGCGAGGGUCCAUACUGGGAGCUCCGGAACAAGAUACCAGCAGGACGGAUAUUAUCUUACCAUCACAUACAUCGGAAAAUGAGUCCGGCAAAACCUUAUCGUCAACUUCAAAAGUGGUUUUAAGUGAGACACAAGACACUCCGCGUAAUGAAGUGCAUACUGGGGUUAAAAAGGCAGACAAGCCUCUUGCUCCCGCGCAGAACACCGACGAAGCGGUUGCACAACAGGAAGACGACCCUGAGGAAGCUAUUGAUGGUGUUGGCUGCGAGGAAUCAUCGUCAGAAUUGAACUUUAAAGACCACCGCCUUGCCGUCGUUACGCUGAUAUCGACUCGCUGUCGUUAUCACCUCAGUUCAGCAUCGCCCGAAGCGCACUACGUGGCCCUUUUUGCCAUGUACAGGAGCUUCUGCGCGUUCUCACGCAACGUUCCAGUGAUGCGUGUGCGGCUGUACGAGUGUUGGGAUGCACUUAUGGACUGCAUGGAACGUAGUAUGCGAAACCUGCGCAGCAUGUCGCUGGUGCUGGGGAUAAUGACCAUUGCAACGAGGAAUGCCUACAAUUUUGUUGAGCGCUGGCUGGUGGACGUGUUCGCCAAGAUUGCGGACCUGGUGGUAUCCGAGGCCGCCGAUAACUGCGUGACCAGUGCUGACGAGGCGCAUGGCAGCGUCAGGUUCAAGUUUACUACCCAACUUCUCGAGUUUGUUGAGGAGGUGUCAUCACGCGUCGUUAACAGGUCACUAUUCGCGAACCUUCUUUUGAUCGCACUGCUGAUGUGCAGGUCAACUGCUCCAGCGGUCGAGCGUGCGACAGCGUCGGUUUUGCAGCACCUCUUCCGCAAGAACCCCGCCGCAGUGACGAAAGUGCUGAUGCACACCGGUUCGCAUACGGCGGAGAGCGCUGCGGUGCUGCGUUCUGUGUUGGAGCGAGAUGUGCGUCGUUUGCUUCCCCAACGCACACGGUCGGCUGGAAGGGUUUCCGUCGCACCGGACGGCACCUUCGGUGUGCUGCGGAACCUUCUACGGCGCCGCGGGAAUCCUAUCGCACUUGAGGGCUGCAGUGCGCCUCGUAUGAUCCUGAGGGAGCUGGAAGCCCGUGGAAUCCCGGUUCAGCUGUCGCGUGCCAACGGAGUGAAAUCCUUGGCGCCGUCGGUAUGCCGUGCCAUAAAUGAGCUCUACCAGUCCAACAACUUCUUUGCCAGCCGCGUGGCUGGCCACGAGGUCAGCCCGGAUGGCAGGCGUCUGACUGUGAAAUGCGCGGAGCAGGCAGUGCCUGUUGCCAACUUCAGGUUCUUCGUUAGGGACCCCGAGCACGGAGCAGAGGUCGACGUGGGCAAUAUGCAGAUGGUCAGGAGCUCUUCGUCCACCAUUCCGCGAGGAAAGUUUACGGAGGAGCCAAAUGGCGCACUGCAGCGGCUGCUGUUCGGCAGAUCGGGUGCUCUGGCGAGGCUUGACCCUGCGCUGUUCAACAGCGUGAAAGGCACGGGGCUCUGGAGCAACCUUGAAUAUGCCAUCUGGCGCGCACCGGACGGGAAGCUCUACAUGCACUGCUACUGCGACGGGCGAGGUGUCACGCGGAAGGUCGAUUACACGGUGGCCAAUCUGUUCUCUGGCGGGGGCGCCCAGCUUCGGGCGGGCCUUAUGGACCUCGACCUGUUAGGAACCGGCAUCCAAGGACACCUGGGCGCAAAAAUAGCGCUUGGAGAGUGGUACAAGAUGUCAAAAAAACACAGGCUGAGCGCAAGUCUGACCUAUGACUCACUGAGGAAGGCUAUAUGGAUGGACCGUGCUGGGGACACUGUGGCGUUUACCGUUGCAGCCCACUGCAGAGCGAGGGACUUGAUGCGGAUUCUGAGAUUACGUAAGAGCGAAACUGGCGAAGGAGUUCCAAAAGCAUCGUUAGGUGCGACAGUAUACUCCAGCGCCGGCCCCGACAGGUACCGGCUAGGCCUGGCCGGAGAUGCCGAGACCCUCCAGCUGAGGGGCAACGCCCAGUCGACAGGAUGUGACCUGCUAGGCAAACCCGUUUCUACUCAGCAGGCAAUCGCCAUUAAGGUGCCGGUGGAAACGCUCAGCAAGAGGGACGGCUCCUGGCGCGACAAGGUCUAUGUGCGGUGCCAACACAAGGCCACCGCCCCCGUGGGUGCAUGCGACGUCGCCUUGGGCGUAAGAUACGGAUCGGAUAUGCGCCAUAGUGGUUUCCGGGGGAAAUCGCCGAGUGGCAGGUACUACCUGAUGCUGGCCGGAGAGGUAACGCGCCGCUGGUUACCGCAAAAACCGUGGACAAUCAUACGCCCUGGCAUGUUCCUUGACAUUCUAUGCGCCUUAGGCGGCAGUGACAGCGUCAAUACUCCCCGUGUAUUUGCGUUUUCCGCCGGUGUCAUCGUAAAGGUGCUGGGUCUCGGCGUGUCCUUGGCUAUCACCGAGCUACCCCGCAACAUGCCCGGAGGUCUGAAGGACGUCCUCACAGCCCUCAAGCAGAGCUUUUACAUGCAAAGCGCAUGA